AAAUAGUGUCAACGAUGAAAACGUGGCCCAGGGCAUUGUGCAUUUUGUUGUUAUUCAACAAUGUGUAUUGUACAACAAUUUCAAGUGACAUCACGGUUGAUACUACACUCACACAGUCUGGGAGUCCGUAUGAGGUAAACAAUGAUAUAACUAUCAAUGACGGAAUUACUUUAACCGUUGAUCCUGGAGCAGUCAUACAUUUCAGCCCUGGGAAACGAUUGACAGUGGAAGGGGUUUUAAGGGCUGAAGGAACGGAUGUUGACCGGAUUACACUAUCAACGACCCAAACACAUCCGGGAACUGAUCUGAGUUAUGACUUUGGCGUAGCAUCCAUUAGGUUAGUUGAAGGGGGAAGCCCUGAGAAAGGAAGACUAGAAGUCAAUAUUAAUGGGAAAUGGGGAACUGUGUGCAACAAUGGAUGGGGGCAACAUGAAGCAGAUGUGGCUUGUAAACAACUGGGUUUUGAUGGAGGUGUAUUAUCAUCAUUCACUAGUGGUAGUGGUAAUAUCUGGAUGGACAAUGUGGUUUGCACUGGCGUUGAAACGUUAUUAUUUGAGUGUCAACAUUCCGGUUAUGGGCAGAACAAUUGUGAUCACAGUCAAGAUGUGGGAUUGAUAUGUGCAGGUAAUCAACAGCCCAGCAGCGUUUUACACAACUAUUGGGGAGGUGUUGCUUUCACUGGUAAUUCAGCAAUCACUUCUUCCCUGAAACAUGUUGAUAUAAGUUUCACAUCAGGAAAUGUGCCAUCAGAUAGAUCGGGAGCAGUUGAAAUUAUUGGAAAUCCACCAACAUUUGAAAAUGUUCGAAUCGCAAAUUGUCUGUCGAGUCGAGUGGAGUAUUAGUUUCAUCAUUGAUAGGUUAUGUGGAUAUAAAAGAUAUUGACAUACAAAACUGCAUGAACGGAAUCACAGUGUCAGGCAUUGGAGGAAGUAUUGAUAUCACGAACGUCAAUGUAUUGUCAAACUAUGGUUAUGGCAUGGAAAUAAAUCCACAAACUGUAGUGACAAGUGACCUGCGCGUGAGUAUCAGUGAAUGUGAUAUAGAUGACAAUGGAAGGUCAGCUAUUGCCUAUUACGGUAACAGUAAAAACCC